AUGAAUACUGGUUUCACUUUUCCUCCUCAAAGUGGUAACAUCGAUGAUAGCAAUGAAACUAAAAAUAACAUUGAAGGACAGUCCAGAGACCUACUUAUUUCCGACAUAAAUGACAAUACUGAGGGAAAUAUAAUGCGUUCCAACUCUUUUGCUCAAGACCAUGCUUAUUUUCCUUCGAAUGAUCCUCCUGUUACGGAGUCCAAGUUUCCUGUGAUAGAUAUUCCAUCUCCAUUAGAGAUAGGAGGCCAGAAGAUACGAUCUGUUUCAGAGCAGAAACCACAGUCUAUACCUCUGGAAAAUACAGUUCCUCUCACUCCCAUGAUCAAUAAUGAUGACUUCCACAACCAUCCUAAAACAGAACUAAAUAUACCAGUGGAAAAAUCCUUCACUCCCACAGAUUCAGUAAAUAAACCGAUAGAAGAAGAAUACGUUGUUAAUUUAAGGCAACAAAUGGCAACAGAUUGGAAAAGUCCUUCGGAGUAUGCAUUACAUAUAUUAUUCACGAAAUUUGUUAGACAUGCUGAAAGUAAGUUAAAUCUUUGUUUACAACAUCCAUCAAAUCCGGAACCUCCAAUUAUAGACAUUUUAGGCGAAGGUGUUGAUCCCAGUUUUGACACAAUCAUUGAGUCUCUAGGUCAUAUCGCAAGAAAGAAACCAAAGCCUGUGAUAGAUGCAAUGAUGUUUUGGAGGAAAUCAAAAUCUGAAUCUGCCAAUUCAGCAGCUGAACAUGUUCAAACUCUGAUCAAGGAAUAUAAUAUUAGAGCAAAUAAUCCAUCAUUCUCAUCAGCCGCUUCCCCAACAACUCCUUCAAGUAGUGGUAGCAUAAGUGCAAGUGUCCCAAGGCGAUCCAUUUCUGCAAAACUUUAUAAAACAUCAAAUGAUAACCCAAAACUACUACAACUUCAGCAAAGUAUCGAAAAAGAGAAAACCCUUGCAUUACAAGCUGAUAGAAAGUCAUUAAUAAGUAUUUACAUUCUAUGUCGUGUUUUGAUUGAAAUUGUUAAACAAUCACCUGAAGACGUAAAUGACGACCUUAAUGAUAAGUUAGAAGAAAUAAUAUUCACACAGCUAAAAACAACUGACCCAUUUUCAAUCUCUUCAAGCUUGAUUAAAUCUUCAAAUUGGAAUUCAUUCGCGGAAUUAUUGGGUUGCAUGUCUGAAAAGAACUUCCUUUCUGUAAGUGACAGAUUUAUUGCAGAUUUAGAAAAAAUGCCUAGUCAUAUCAGUGAAGAAAUGGAACCUAAUAUACAUUUGUUAAUACUUGGAAUGAGAUACAUUCGUUUAAAAAACUAUCCAUUGGAUAAGUUCGAAGAGACUGCUGAUUUUAUUAAAAGUUUAUCAAAAUUUUUUGCAAGAACGGAAAGUUUGACAGUUAGAUUAGCUUACGCAGAAGUAAUAAAUCAACUAUUACUGCCUUUAGCUGGUUCUUUAAGUGCUGAAGUUAACCACCCUACAUGGAUAGAGGCCAUGGAGCUUCUUUUGGAAUGUGCAAAAAAGCUAAAAUCAGAUUCCAAAUAUUGGGCAAACGGAUUUAAACUAAUGGUUUCAAUUUUGUGUGCAUCACCUCCAUCAAUUUUCACAGAAAACUGGAUUAAUAUAAUUGAAGUAAACGCUAGCAAAAUAAAAACUAAAAAUCUAGACGAACGUAUAAUUUUCUCAGUAGGUUUAUCAAGACUAGUUUGGGUUUAUCUUUAUAGAUGUCCAGAGACCUUAAAUAAUACAACAAGAACACUCACAGAAUUAAUGAGGUUAUAUUUACCAACAAAGAAAAAGGAAAAUUGGUUAACAACUGAUCUAGGACUAAUAAAUCCCUUAACUGAUGCUCUAGUUUCAAUUGGAUUUUUACACCCUACCUUUUUAGUAGAAACAGCUUUGAUACCUUUGUUAAGGCAGUCAUUCAAUGGGACAACACUCGAGAAUGUUAAUUAUGAUAGAUUAAUUCUGGCAAUUAACACUUACAAAGGACUAUUGAUGACUACAGAAAGACCUAACUUUCCACAAGGAGAUUCAAGAUACUACGAGGUAGAUUUGAACAGCAUCUCAGCAAUGAAAAAUGAAACGCUGGUCUCGUAUCACGAGGAAAUCUGUGCGUAUCUGAAUAGGUUAUUUUUGUUAUUGGAUUCGAAUAUCGGGUCUGAAGUAUGGUCACCGGAAAAUUUACAUCUUAAACAUCCAUCUACCACUUUUGGCGCUUUUUCUUUUGGCUUUAACAAUGAGAGUGACAACAAUAUUCAGAGGAAGAAUUUGAAUAUUUUGUUAUUCGCUACAAUUAUUGAGACCAUUCCUUGCUGUAUGACGAUUUCAAAGAAAAUUUCUUAUAAAUCAAGUAUCGAAAUUUUAUCAAGGAACGCUGUACAUGCCAAUUUGUUGAUCGAAAAUAGUUGUAAACUCUCUUUAAAGGCGCUGGCAUCCAAAAAGAAUCCUUAUACUUUUAUAACGUGGUUUGCCAAAUACUCAUUUGAUUUUGAUGAAAAGACACAAUCAAGUUAUAAUACUUCAUAUUUGGCGUCUAAUGAGUAUAAAAAACUUUUAGAACUUUACGUAGAGUUAUUAGAGUGUUGGUUAGAAGAAUUUCAAUCAUAUAAGACCGAAGAAAAGAAAAAGGUUAUUGGUUUGGAUGGGAUUCAGCUAAUGAAGACAGACAGUACACCUGAUGAUGCUUCUGAAACCGAGAGACUUGAAUGGAAAAAUACCAUUACAGUUAUCGAAGAAAUUGAGGGAAAUGGUUUAUUUUUCCUUUGUUCACAUGAUGUUAGUGUGAGAAAGCUCGCAAUUCAGAUACUAAAGAUCAUAUCAAGGUUUGAUGAGGCUAUGGUGGAAAAAACUGAAAAAUUAUCACAUAACUAUAACAAUAAUAGCCAUUCAAGAUCAUCUUCACUCCAUUUUGCGGCUGAUAGAGGCAAUAGGUUGAUAGAUUUACUAAAUGAAGCUAAUAUAAUAUAUUUGAUUGGUUUGCACAAAGCGUCCUUGAGUGUGGCAGAAAAAUCGAGACUAUCAAAGCUGAAUUCCAGAUAUAGAAAGGGUUUACUGAUUAAUGUCAGUGAAUCUUCUUACGGUGUUGAUGGGGCACUUUGGCAAAGAGCGUUUCCAAAACUUUUGAUUAGUAUUUUCAAAUCAUGCCCUAUGACUAUGGCUCUUUGUAGAUCACUUGUUUGCAUUCGACUUGUCCAGAUGCACGAAAUAGUUUUACGUAUCGCUAAUGACACCGAAUACAAACCCUCAAGGGCGCUUCCAGAAACUAUUAUACACCAAUGGAAACUGUACCUUGUUUCAGCUUGUACCUCGUUGACUUCAACAAAUGAUCAAAAAUUGCACAUACCGGUUACUAUCAAGCAACAUGGUAGAAAGAAGAGUCAGCAAAUCUUUACCGUCCAACACCAAAAAAUAAAAUCCGCAAGAUCAAUUUUUAAAAUGGUGUUACCUUUAUUAAGCUCCAAGCAUCCCAUAAUCAAGGAGGCAAUUAUAUCUGGCUUAAGUUCGAUGAAUAUCAAUAUCUACAAAACAUUCAUUGAAAGUAUAGACCAUUUUUUAAUUAGCUGGAAAGACGGCAAUUCUGAUAAUCAGAAAAGAGUCGAAAUGUUCCAUAUUUUAACUAUAUUAUCCAGAUUUUUGAAGGAAUCUAUUGUUUUAGAGGAUGACUGGAUUUUAAGAAGAUUAUCCGAAUUCUUGAGACAUACUAAGACCUUUUUGGAACAGGACUUCGUCCAGGUCUCGUUUGAAUACCAGCAGUUAAGAAGUUAUUUUGCCGAAUUAUUACUACAUUACUACUCUGCAAUUCGCGAGCAUCCGCUAAUGGAGGAACUCUUUCCAUUUGAGGCUCGAGUAUCAUCAUUCAACUAUUUGAAGUAUUGGUGUGGCUACGGCGAAUAUGCUUCCAUAUCUACGAUGAGGUAUGCUCAUAUGAUAAACAACACUGAGUCUAAUAGAGACAAGACAGCUAUCACAGCAGGUAUUGAGUUUCAGAAAAAUAGGCUAGAGACAAUUAUAUUGGAGGCGAUGGUUAUCCUGUGUUCUGAUCCGAUCACAAAAAAAUUGAAUAAUUCGUCAAACAUACCUGUAAUAGUUUCUUUCGACAUCAAGGGUCUGCUAUCUUGGAUCGAGUCCUUAUUUAAUUCUCAGAAUGAAACAGUAAAAAAUUUGGGUGUUCGAGCUUUAGAAAACCUGUUGGAAAAAAAUAGAGAAAACUCACAACUUUUCAAAGACGUCGCUGUACAGUGUAUAUCACAGCACGACUCUCCAUCUGUUGCGGUACUUUAUUAUAUCACCCUGUGUAAAUCGGUAUUAAAUCUGGAUGAUCUUAUUUUGGAUGAAGACGAGCUCGUUUCUUUGGGGUUGUAUGGGUUGGUAUCCGAUAAGGAAGACACGAGAACUUACGCCGUUGAUCUGUUAUCUGCAGUAGAAACCAAACUACACAAUUCUUCGUACACCAAGGUUUUCAAAGAACGAUUAGCAAAUUCCUCCAAGAGUGUAUAUAAGUCGACCGCCAAAGAAAUAUCGACUAUUUUCGCUGAAUUACUGUCUCAAGAACUGUGUUUAAGGAUAUUUUCAAGCUUAGUGAGGAUAUUGGACCUAUUUCCAUUUGAAAUAAAAAGGGACCUUCUGGUGUUGAUGGUUCCAUGGGUCAAUAAGUUUACCAUGAAAUCAAUAGAUGAUUUGGAGACGUAUAUGGUAUUGAACAAUUUAUUUCAUAUUACGAUAGAUUUGAAUAAUAGGCUGCCUAAAGAAGUAGAACAGAUUUGGAUAUCUCUAGGGAAAGGAAAUUCAUUCCAGAACACAUAUGUUUCUUUAGAGUAUAUCAUUGAAACGGCUAUUCAACGCCGGAACCCUGCUUUUGUGCAGAAAGCAAGAGAUGUUGUUCUAUAUCUUGCAAACGUUCCUGGUAGCAUAGGCUUACUUGAUACGCUUUUAGACAAUCUUGAGCCAAAAUCAAUGAUUCCAAACACGAACCAUAACAUUACUGGACCAGUGGACAAAAAUACUAAGGAUUAUUUUAUUGCAAAUAUUUGGGAGCGCUUAAAUUAUACUGGAAAGCAAGUUGUCUUCUCAAAGGCCCAGCUUUCCAUAAUCUUUUUGGUUAACUUAUUAACAGAUGCUAAUGAAUCGGUAAAGAUGAAGCUGCCAACCCUGUUGCACAUUUCUAUUUGUUUAUUAGAUCAUUACAUACCUUUAGUUCAAGAGAGUGCUUCUAGAAUAAUUUGUAACUUGAUAUUCGGUCUUUCCCCAACACAUGAAAAAUCAGAAAGUACUGUCAACAUAUUAAGAAAUAAGCAACUCCUUUGGUCUUACGACAAUUUAGUGAAAGACAAGAAAGGGGCGAGGUCUCCCAAGUCAAUGGAUCCUUUAGUAAGAAAUAUCAUAAGUAUUUUUGCGGCAGUAGAAGAUCUUCAAAAUUUGUGGCAAAAAGUAGCUUUGAAAUGGGCAACUACAUGCUCAGUUCGUCACAUUGCAUGUCGGUCAUUUCAGGUAUUCAGGUCUUUACUGACAUUUAUUGACCAAGAUAUGUUAAGAGACAUGCUUCAUAGACUCUCCAAUACAAUAUCUGACGAUAACCCUGAUAUCCAAGGUUUUGCAAUGCAGAUUCUAAUGACCCUGAAUGCGAUAAUGGCAGAAUUAGAUUCUACAGAUUUAAUUAGUUUCCCUCAAUUAUUUUGGUCAAUUAUUGCAUGUAUGAGUAGUGUACAUGAGCAAGAAUUCAUAGAAUCCCUAUCCUGUGUGACCAAGUUCAUAUCAAAAAUUGAUUUAGACUCUCCUGAUACCGUACAGUGCCUUGUUGCCACAUUUCCCUCUAACUGGGAAGGACGCUUUGAUGGGUUACAACAAAUUACUAUGACGGGCCUGAGAUCAAGUAAUUCUUUAGAUAUCACACUCAAAUGUUUGGAUAAAUUGAACUUACUGAAGGACAGCAGGAUUAUAGCAGACCCGGAAUCUCGUCUUUUCUUUGCUUUGAUUGCCAAUCUUCCGAGAUUUCUAAACGCAAUGGACCACAAAGAUUUUUUAUCUAUUCAGGACGCAACAAAGGCAUUAAUUGUUCUCUCGGAUGCCAACAACCAACCAUCCCUUUCAAGAUUAAUAGAUUCCUUGGCAAAGGACAAAUUUAGAUCCAAAAAAGAUUUUAUGAGUCAGGUCGUAAGUUUUAUUUCUAGAAAUUAUUUUCCACAGUAUUCUGCACAAGCACUGAUUUUUCUAUUAGGUUUAUUGCUGAAUGAAUUAGAUUGGAUUAAAAUCCAAACGAUGGAAAUUUUGAAGUAUGUCUUUCCUCUCGUGGACUUGACAAGACCAGAAUUUACUGGUGUUGGGGCUGAUUUGAUUUCUCCAUUAUUGAGACUUCUUUUGACUUCAUAUGAGAUGCAAGCUUUAGAGGUCUUAGAUUAUGUUCCUAACGUCUCUGGGAGUAAAAUGGAUAAGGACGUGUUGAGGAUAAGUAUGGGUAAUAAUGACGUGAAAAACAACAGCACGGUUACCACAACACUCUUUGGUUUACCUGAAGAAAGUGGCUGGUCCAUCCCAAUGCCAACUAUGACAGCUGCCACAACCCGACAUAAUGUCCAUACAGUGUUUAUGUCUUGUAAAAAUAGCAGCAUUAUCAAGGAUGCUUCAGAAGACCAGGAUAAUAUUGAUGAAAUUGUUGAAUUCCAUGCCGAUGGAGACUACGCUUUAGGAAGGAUUGAUACAGUCGAUUCUUUCCGUGUCCCCGAAGAGGAAGAUGCUUCGCUAAGCCAUAUGUGGGCAGAAUUGGAUAAUCUGGACAGUUUUUUCACCAAGGAAACGUCACCAGUGCCAACGUCCCCAAAUUUCCAGUUAGGCCUACCACAUGACAGAUCAGAUUCCAUCGAUACCACCAAUACAGAUCAUACUUUGAAUUUAGAAUCAGCGCCUCAAUUAUACGACAAAAAGGUGUCUGUUAUUCUUAAUAGAAGUUUAUCACGAACUCCCUCAAGUGUUUCUUUUAAGAAGUAUCUUGCGGAUUCUUUUGCUACAAAUAUGAGUCGUGAUGUCUCGGGACCUGAAAAUAAUUAUCAAAGAACAAGUGUUCUGAAUAAUCCUUUAUUUUAUAGAGGAAGUGAACAAGCUACACGUACUCCCACUAGAAGCUCUGCUAUAUUGAGCAUGAACACCCCGCCCCUAUAUUCCUCUGUAGUUGAAAAUAAAAAAUCGACUAAAAGUGCAAACAGACAGGGAAGGCAUCAAAAACACUAUCAUUUACCUCGUUUUUAG